AUGGAAGAUUUUGAAAUAUUAGAUUUUCUUGAAUUAUAACAAGAAUAGUAAGGAAUAGAUAAGACAGCAAGAUUUUUACAAAAGUAGAUAUAAAAUGGUUUCAAAAUCAGUAUAGUGAUUAAAAAAUAACAUAAGUUUGCAUUAGCUCCUUUGCAAUAAAAGAAAAAUGAUUUAUUCUCUAAAUAACACUAACCUAUGGAUGUUGUAUAAUGUAAUUUAAUAAUAGACUAGUUAAAGUUCUGAACAAACUGAGAAUAAUGAUAAAUAAGGUUCUUCAACAUCUUCACAUUCUAGUGUCAAAAUGAAUAAGAAAUUAAUUAUUCCUCCAACCUAAAAUGAAACACCUGAAUAGAAUAAUAAUGAAUAAAAGAGUGAAAAAUCUGAUGAUGAUUAAAUUUCCUUAUAUUCAAAGAAAAAUUGCAGUUUUGAACAUUUGUUAAAGGACAAUUUAUUAAGUCAAAAGAUUCAAACUGGAUUGUCAUUUAUGAAAGAUGGUAAUUAGAAAAUGGCUUUAGAGAAGAUGAUGGAUGCAUAUAGAGAAGGAAAUGAGAAAUUAAAAUAAUGUUAAGAUUAAUAGUAGAUUUCUGUAUUAAUAAUAAUUUGUAUUUAAUCACUUUGUUAUGCAUCUUAACUUUUAAUGGAUUUUGGACAAUUUAGUGAAUCUUAAAAGUAAUAAUACAUUUUUGAAUAAUAGAUGUUUAGAUAAAUGUUUAAAUUAAUUCGAAAUAAAUGAUUUUGAUUUAAAAUGCAAAAUAUACAUUACAAAGGCAUAAUGCAACUUACUUAAUAAUUAAUAUUUAUAAUGUUUAGAUAAUUAUAAUAAAGCAUUAAUUUAAUAUGAAUAAAUUAAUUGGAGAUUAGAAGUUGCUAAAUUAUUAGUUAAAAUCUCAUUUGUUUAUGCUUUAUUAAGUAAUAUUAAAUAUAUAUAUUUAUUAAUAAAUAGAUGAUUUUACUGAUGCAAAGAAGAUAUGUUAUGAAGGCUUAUAAAUUUUGUAGAGUAAACUAUCACAUACUGAUCCAAGGAUAUAUGAUACUUAUUAUACAUUGGGAUGUAUCUACUAUCUUGAAAAGGAUUAUGAUUUUGCAUUGGAAUAUUUAAAUUAAUCUAAAGAAGGAUUCAUUAAAUUGUAAUAAAAUUAUCACAUUAUCAAUUUCAAAUAGAUAUGGAGAAUAACAUUUAAGCAUAAUAAGGAUUCUUAAUUUAUAGGGAGUGAUUAACCAUUUAUAAGGAAAUAGUAUUGAUGCCAUGGAACUCUAUGAAUAGAUUGUUUGCUUAUAUGGGUAUAUGAACAUUACAAAAUUUAUAGUGAUUCAUAAAAUAUUGGAUUAGCUCUAGUAUUAAAUAAUCUAGCCUUAGUAUAUUUGGAUAGGAUGAAAUUUAAGAGUGCCAAAUUGUCAUUUGAUAAGGCUACUGCUAUUUUGAAAGUAUAUCUCAAUGAAUAACAUCCUACUUUUAAAAGAGUUGAGAAGAAUAAGAAAUUAUUUGUUGCAGCUACUUUAUCUUAUCUAUGA